AGUAAAGUGAGAGGAAUUGCCCAUGAAUUUGACCUAAAUUAAAAGAAGAAAACCUACGUUACUUCUCCCAUGUCUCUUCUCUAACUUUGUUAGAGCUGGUGAUCGAAGGUGACAAAUAUCCGUGCAUAUAAUAUAAUCGAGGUGCACCAAACUAGUCCGGACGUCAAAGAAAAAAAGAGUGACGGGUCAGAUGCAACAUCCUCUGCUUAACCCUAUAAUAAUAAACAUAAACUGACGGCUCUUAUUCAACUGCACUUUGCCCAUUCCACAAGUUAAAUCACUCUAAACUAGACAGUUCGAGGCAAUUAACAUUAAUCUCCAACUUAGUUGUCUCUUCCCAAACUUAUAAUACGGAAAAACAAAACCCAUUUUCCUUAAAAUUCGAUAAUUAUUAGGAGUAUUCCUUUUUUUUUUUUUUUUGCAAAUCCGGUGGAAGCAAUGUACAGAGGUCUGCAGCGGUUUAGAACCUCUGGUUCUUCGAUUGUUAACCGCUUAACAGUGCCUCAGUUGAGAAGGAAGGCUUCUAAUUCAUUGUCUGCUAUUCAGGAUACUUAUUAUUCAACUAAGGAUAUAUUCGAGAGGCAUAAGGUGGUGUUCACAAUCUCAACAUCAAUAGCAUCAGUUGCUACAGCAUGGUUCGGUUAUACUUUACGACAUCUUCAUGAAUCGAGAGUUGACCAACGUCUCGAAUCUAUAGAGAAAGCUAUGAAGAAUGAUUAUCAAAUUGAAGAUCCUGAAUUUAAGAAGCUUGUGUCUGGAUCCAUUAGUGUUCCGGCUUGUGUUGCAACUGCUGGAACAACACUAAUUCUCGGGUAUGCUUUGGGUUUUCGAGGUGGAAAAUGGUAUGCAAACAGGAAGUUUAGAAGAGAACAGAUGAAAUUGUUGGGGCAAAUAAAGCCUAAAAGAUGGCCACUCAGGUUCUUACGGCGACCACUAAUAAAGUCUAAAUUGCCAGAAAAUCUUGUUACAGCAUCAGAAACAUCACCUAAAGGUGCAUCUGCUUCCCACAGUUGAGGAUAAUCCCCUAGUUUACUGACAAAAUGAGGUCCAAAGGCAAAAAUUUUUGGUCCUAUCGUAAUUACUACGAGUACAGAAAAGCCGCUUAGUUACCAAAUGUUGAUACCAUAUCUUGUUUAUAAUACCUUGUCAUUGGAUUUAGUUUUUUUUUUUUUUUUAAUUUCUUAAUUAUCAAUCAGGGGUUGAAAUCUUAAUGUUGACUGGGAUAGUAGUUAGCUCGUGAGGUUGAAGAUCACAUGACUAGGUUUUUGCUGCUUCUUUUGGAAUUUACCCAUUCAUAUCAUUACCAGAAAAUCUUAGUAGUUUAAUUGAUUGGCUACAUGAAUAUCACUUACUAGUGGUGAGGUUUUGCUUUC